AUGCCAAAGAAACCGACUACCAGAUCACGCGAUGAAUUCAAGCCAAUUAUGAAGAAAACUGUUGUCUAUAAAGAGAAACCUUCUUUGAAUUCAUCAAAUGAUUAUUAUGAAGAUGAAGUGAUUGAAACUACAUGGAUUGUUAGAUUGGGUGAUAAAAAUAUAACUGAUAAAGAUCUACUCAAUUAUCUUAAUAAUCAUACAAAAGAUGAAGAUUUAUUUGAACGUAAUUCUGCAAAGAAUGGAAGUAUAAAUUUAGGCAAAAAUCCAAUAGAAACAGAAACUUCAUGGUUUACAAUGGGUAGAACUGCGAAUAUAACAAAUAAAGAUAUAAUGAAGUUCUUUGAUGAUCAACUUGGUUUAGAUGACUUGUUGAAAACAGCUUUACCAACUGAAAUAAAACCACAGUCUCCACGUGAAGUGAUCUCGAGAAGAGUUUGGAUAUCGGAUAGUCUUGACAAAGAAUUAAAAGAGUGGAAUAUCGAUCAACUUGUCCAAGAUGUAUUUAAAGAUACAAUAGAAAAAAAAUCAAAUAACAAUAAAGAUACAAAAAUGAAUAACAUUACAGAAAAUCAUGUAGAAUAUGAAGAUUAA